CGCACCUGGCCCGGGGGAGGAGAUCCGGUUGGAAAGAAACUGCAGCAUGUCCUGGAGCAACAGUGACUUCCGACCCUCUGCAAAAGUAUCUGGGGAGAAUGGCGCGUUGGAGGAGCAGAAAUCUCCAAAAUUCAGGAAAAGAGAGACAGAGGUGUACAUUGGCAAUCUCCCGCUGGACAUCUCUGAGGAGGAGAUUCGGUGCCUUCUGAAGGACUUCAGCCCUCUCCAUGUCCACAGAGUCCAGAAUGGCUGCAGAUGCUUCGCAUUCGUAGAUCUGGGCUCUAUGCAGAAAGUGGCACUUGCGAUCCAGGCGCUGAAUGGGAAGCUCUUCCACAAGCGAAAACUGUACGUGAAUUCCAACAACAGGUCUCCCAAGAGGACCCCUGAGGAGACUGAGCGGCCCCAGGAGCUUCUGAUUUCAGAGAAGGCCUCUGCUCAAGGAUUUGCUGGAACCACUGCUUGCCCACAGCUCACUCCUAGAGCUUCUGGUGAGCCCUGUGAGACAGAGAAACCCAAGACAAGCUUCUUUGCAGUUCCCAUGGAAAUGAGAGGGUCCUUCUUGGUGCUGCUCCUAAGGGAAUGUUUCCGAGACCUGGGCUGGCUGGCCACCAUCCCCAGCAUCGGCGGGGAGGUGGGGCUGUUGGUGACCAGUACUGUCCCUCAGACCCCCUUCUUCUGGGCCAUGCACAUCACUGAGACACUGUACCAGAACAUGCAGGCCCUGUUCAGCGCCCUGGCCGAGGCGGAGGAGCGGCAGCCCUACCUGCAGGACUCAGCGGUGCGGCGCGGGACACGUGGUCUGGCCGAGUACCACCUGGGCGAUUACGGCCUGGCCUGGAACAGGUGCUGGGUGCUGGACCGCGUGGACUCCUGGGUGGUGGUCAUGUUCGUGGAUUUUGGCCGAUCGGCCACCAUCCCUGUGCAGUCCCUGCGCACCCUGGACAGUGAUGACUUCUGGACCAUCCCCCCACUGACUCAGCCCUUCAUGCUGGAGAAAGGUAUUUUGAGUUCAAAUCAGGUUAUUCAUCGCAUCCUCAAAGGGAAAAUCACUGGUGCUUUGAACUUGGAGUCACACAUCCUGAAGUUUGAAGAGUUUAAGUGA